AUGGGGGACGUAGCGGAGAAGUUGGCGUCCUUUCAAGCCGUCACGGGCAUCAACGACGCCGAUUUGUGUACGGAAAUUCUCUCCGCCCACAGUUGGGACCUCGAUUCGGCCAUCUCAUCUAUCACAUCCACCGUCGCCACCGGUCCCUCCGCCGCCGCAGCCGCCGGCCGGGCAAAUCAAGAACCCGAAGACGUUGGCCUUGUCCUAGUCCCUACAGGCAACAACAAUCAAUCCCCGGGUCUUGUUUGGAAAAUAAUCACACUCCCUUUCUCCAUCAUCUCCACCAGCCUAGGUUUAGUUUCCGGCGCGAUCGGGUUCGGCGUGUGGGCUGCGAGCGGCGUCCUGUCGUAUUCGUUUGGCAUGAUGGGGCUGAACGGCUCCUCGCGGGCUGGGUCGAUGCCUCUGAUGUCGGUGUCACAGUCGGCCUCGGAAGCCAUGGAUUUCGUUUCGGGUUUCGAGAGGGACUAUGGAAGGGUUAGACCGAAUUUCGUGGCCGAGGGUUUCAUGGAUGCCUUGCAGAGGUCCCGACGCGAGUACAAGCUGCUGUUUGUUUACUUGCACUCACCCGAACAUGCUGAUACUCCUCUCUUCUGUGAGGGGACUCUGUGCAAUGAGAUGCUGUCGGCGUUCUUGAACGAGAAUUUUGUGGUGCGGGAGGUAAUGUGA